AUUGGGCCCCCCCGUCGCCGCGUCUCCCCGCCCCACAGCUGAUCCCUCUCCCCGCUCGCUGCGUCUGCCCGCACGGCCACGGGCGGGCAGAGAGGUCGCUCCCGAACCCCGCCGCGUCUCCCUCCGCGUCUCCCUCUGCCCGGGGACACCUGCCCGGGGACACCUGGCAGGGGCUGCGGCUCCACCCGGAGCGGUCGACGUGGACGCGCAGGAGGCGAAGUGACCCCGAGGGAGGCAGGCAGGGAGGGAGGGAGGGAGCCGGGCGGAUCGAGCAGGAGCCGUUGACGCACCGGCCUGGCGGGAGAGAUCGACAAGUGCCGAAGGAGCGGGGACGGGCCCUGCAGGAGCCGGCGCAGAGAGCGCGCAUCGAGAGCCGGCGCAGGCGCACACGCAGCCUGAGCAGAGACACGCAGAGAGACACACAGACAGAGAGACGCAGAGACAGAGAGACACGGAGAGACACGGAGAGAGAGACACAGACAGAGAGACGCAGAGAGACGCAGAGAGAGACAGAGAGAGACAGAGAGAGACACAGAGAGACACAGAGACACGGAGAGAGACACAGACAGAGAGACGCAGAGACAGAGAGAGACAGAGAGAGACACGGAGAGAGAGACGCAGAGACAGAGAGAGACAGAGAGAGACAGAGAGACACAGAGACACGGAGAGAGACACACAGAGACAGAGAGACACACCAGAGAUCGGACCAUGCUGAGCCGAGUGCGCAACGCCGUGGCGAGCAUGGUGGGGGGGAUGCUGCCGGGCUCGGCUGACAGUGGAGGAGGAGGAGGUGGAGGUGGUGGAGGAGGAGGAGGAGGUGGACACGGCGCGGACGGUGCCGAGGCGCUGCCCGUGCGCUUCCCCUACUCGCGCCCAGAGUUCCUCAACCUGAGCGCGGACGAGGCGGAGUGCUCCGCGGACCACCUCGUGCGGCCCAUCCUCAUCCCCAGGGAGGGCGGCCGCAAGAUGCCCUGGGCCACGGGAUACGCAGAGGUCAUCAAUGCGGGCAAGAGUCCCCUGAACGAGGAUCAGGCGGUGUGCGAGGUGGUGUUCGUGAAGCGCAGCGCCGAGCAGACGGCGCUGCGCUCCGCCAUGCCCUGGAGGAGGGAGAGCCCCACGAUGGCGCGCGACGGGGACGGCGACCUGGUCAUGGAGGGCGUCAUGGAUGACGACGGCAUCACCUUCAUCUACUGGGGCAUGUUUGACGGCCACGCGGGCCCUGGGGCGGCCGUCAUGGCAGCCAGCCUUCUCCACCACCACGUGGCCAAGCAGCUGCAAGGCAUCGUGGAGGUGCUGCGCAGCGGCACGGGCUGCCCCCCCGCGUGCCUCAACGACGAGGCCGAGGGCCGCUCGCGCCGAGGGCCCGCGGGGGCCGCCGCGGCGACGGUGGCGGCGGCGGCCGGAGGGGCGACCCGGGCCCAGAGCCUGCGGGCGGGGCCCGCCCAGGGCUCCCCGGCCCCCGCCACCCCCUCCAAGGCCCUGCCGGAGAAGGAGGUGACGCAGGACGCGCUCGUGGUGGGAGCCAUCGAGAACGCCUUCCGCGAGAUGGCUCACCUGCAGCCGCAUCUGCUCGGCGACGAGUUCACGGCGCUGGAGUUCUCGCGGCGCGUGCAGAAGAAGGACAUGGGCAAGCGCAUGCUGUACCGGGACCACAGCAUGGCCGGCUGGGCGUACAAAACCAUAGACGAGGACGAUCUGAAGUUCCCGCUGAUCUACGGAGAAGGAAAGAAGGCGCGCGUGCUGGCCACCAUCGGCGUCACCCGGGGCCUGGGCGACCACGACCUCCGAGUGUACGACUCCAACCAGCACAUCAAGCCCUUCCUGUCCUGCAGCCCAGAGGUCUGCGUUUACGAGAUGUCUCAGCGCAGCCACACGCCCAACGAUGUGCUGAUCAUGGCCACCGACGGCCUCUGGGACGUCCUGUCCAACGAGACUGUGAGCGAGGUGGUGCUGGGCUUCCUGGCAAACUGCGACCCCGCCGACGCCAACCGGUACACGCUGGCAUCGCAGGAGCUGGUGAUGAAGGCGCGCGGCGUGCUGCGCGAAAAGGGCUGGCGCAUCACCAACGAGAAGCUGGGCUCCGGCGACGACAUCACCGUGUUCAUCAUCCCGCUGCACCACGGCAACAACCGGUCGGCGUGAGACGUGGGCGGGCGCGGGCAGGCGAGCCGGCGGGCCGGCGGGCGCCACCGCGGCCAAACCGCGGCGUGGCCGUAGCCGCUUUCGGCGUCGCUUUGCUGUUUUAGGCCGUCGCUUUGCUACCGCGGUCGAUCGUGGCAACGGCGGCGGGGGACCGCAUUGUGGGGGGGGGUGGAGGGGGGGGGCAUAUGGUCGGGUCCGUGGGUAGCGAUGUCGUUUAUGGACACCCCCCCCCCGCCCCCUGCGGUGACGCGGGCGGCGGGCAUCCGUCUCGGCCGUUGCGCGACGAUCACGCGCCGUGUACGUGUCCUGUGUUCACUCGUGGUGUCUGGCUAGGACCCUCCUCCUACUUUGGGCGUUUUUUGUUCGCGACCCCCCCCCCCCCCCCCGGAGUUGGGUGUGCGGCGUGCGCAAGGAGCCAAUUCCGGGAAUCGAUGUCACGGAACCACAUUCAGAGUCGCACUCGGCUCUGUCUGGCGGAGUCAUUCGGCGCCCUGGCGCUCGCCGUUUCGCGUCGCAAAAGGAGGCAAUGCUCGGUCAGUAGUAGGAACCUAGCGACCCGCGCGUCCAUAGCAAUAGCGGACCAAAGGUAUAGCGCGAUGCAUUUGUCGUUUUAUCCCCGUCCAUGCGACAUCUUGUGUUCCCGGUGGGUCCCAGGUGCCACGUGCAAAGACCCUUCUCUGCACGUGCGCUGGGCGGCAGCGAUGGCCUUAGGAGAGAUCGCGGGAAAUCUUGGAAGCGUUCAUCCUCUCUGUUUCAUAACUGGCAGAUAUUUUGGCAUUGAACUGUUUUGUGGUUGUCAAUCAUGGGAAGACAGCUCUUAGGAUUGGACUGACACUAAUUCUGGAGAUGGAAUUGGCACUAACCCAGCUGAUUCCUGCUGGCUUUAUGCCAGCUGACGAGUCUCGACGUGCAUAACUUUGAAGCAAUAGCGCAGCGGGGAAUUGAUAAGGUCAGAGCUGCACCUGAGGCUGACGCAGAGCAACUCGUAAGUACAAAGUGCCUAUUCUGGUUAUUGAAUACCCAUUCUCGACGAGUAAAACUUCACCACAACCGCACACACAUAGAGACGGGCAACAGUUUUACCAACACCAUGGGAUUUUGUUUCCGGCUGCGUGACCUGUCCACACCCUUUGAAGUCGUACAUUUUGCAUCCGAAUGAGCACAGUUAAAACACCAUUUUAUUCACUGCAGUCUUCUGGAGUGUUGCCUUAUUUGAACACGUGUAUUUUUGAUGGCAAUUGUCUGCUCAGAGGAAAUGGCGGACAUUUUUUGGAGCCUGGCUGUUUAGAGGCCUCGCUAGCGAUACCUGCUCGUAAGUUUAGUUUGUUCGCCGCUGCUUUUAAAUUCAAUUAUCCUCAACCGUAGACACAUUUCCUAAGGGAACCUUUAAAAGCAACUCACGGCAAACAUGUGCGCAGACGUUACCGAUGCUGUGCCUUUGUUGGCAAGCGUAGCACGUCGUUUGCUGGCCUUGUCGUGAAAAUUUGGACAAUCUGAAUGCUUGCCACAAAGCUCUGUUGGCCGAUCUGCGGCGAAGAAAUGUGUGGUGCGUGGAAAGCUUCACAUCCCAGCGUUGGCUUCGCCGCGCCAAUGGCGCGUCACGCAUUCAAGGUAACUGCGUGGAGCAUUGCCCCCCACCACCCGAUGUGGCCCAGGGACCAGGCACCGCGUGACACCUUCCCCCCACCGCUUGUGCAAUAUCACCUCCAAUGGGUCAGCGUGGAAUACCCCCCCCCCCACAAUAAACAUUGUGGUUGACAACAACAACAACCCAUCCAGUGGCCUACGACAGAUUGGGUGGAUAUGACUCUGCUGGACCACGUGUGGCUUCAUUGGUUGUCGUUGCAAAUCUAAAGUCAUCGCAGUCCUCCGCUUUGUAGUCAAUUAGAGUACAUCAUGAACCAAAAAAACUCAUCCAAAACAAUCCAGAAACCUUUAAAAUAAAAAAUGUGUUAUGACUGUAAUUUGUUUUGAGGAUACGUUGUGUUUGCUCUGUUGGAGUGAUGUGGCUCCUGCUUAAAAUGUGGGAGCAGGCGGAUCGCUCGAUGACGAAUCAUUGCUGGGCCUGAGAGAGCACGGCGGCCCUGUGUCCCAUCGCUUAAAGACGCGAGCCACUCUGUUCAGCGCAAGAGCAAACGGAUUUGGCGUCCACAGUCUUUGUUGUCGUGAACACUUCUCUUCAUUACUUAUCUGACCAUUCCAUUCCGUUGCCAGGAAUGGCACAAACUGAGCGUAUGAAUUUUGAAACUUUCCUCUUGAAAUCGCUGCAACAUUGAAGCAAUUCCCCUUCAACUCUCACAACUUAACUUCUCAGAUAUGCUCGUGUGUUGGAGAAGUGUUACAACACAAAAAUGCAUUGCCAAAAUACAACUGAACACGCUUUUGUUAUUUUUGUUUUUUAAUUGCAUUCAAAGUAAUGCAACAAUGUGUUAUGUAAAAAAAAUCGAUGUAUCUGUUUCAAGAAAAUGUGAAUGUUGAUAUUGUUAUUUAAUGUGUAGACAAAACACUUAAGUACAUCAAGACCUGAGAAUUAAUAAUGUACAUGUCCUCUGUUGCAAAUUAACGCUGUACCGAAAUUGCUCAUCUCCCCAGUUAAAGAGGCACACCACAUACGACAAUGCGAGUCGCAACAGCGACUACGCCGGGAGUAUUGAGACUGGCGACAAAGCUGUCCAUUCAGCGGAGUGGCUAGGGCACGACUAUUGCAUUUAGGCCACGUUUAUGGACUAUCCGCGUACGUGUGUUGAACUUCUUUCGCGCCGUACGUAGCCAACCGUGCCCAUCGGAGGUGCGGGUACUAAUCGAACCUAUGUCCCAUGUGUCUCACGAAUGCGCCCAUCCACAAAGAGUUGCCAGUUAUUGAUUCGUGCAGCUGCCCGGCAACAACAAUAACAACAAUAACGGAGGAUUGCCACGUUGUGUGGUGUUCCGCACGGUGACCUUAAAUGCCCCCGUCAAAUAAUCAACAUUUCUGUUUUAAGUUUAUUUUGAAGUACCCUGUGAGCAAAGACGCUCUUGAAUCGGGAUUCGUCAACAAAAAGCAUCGGUUCCCUGGCAAACAUUACAGGUCGCAAUAAAAAUAAAUAAAAAUACAUAACGAAGAAGGGAAAUGGAAACGAAUCACAAUCGUGCACGGCGGCUCGGCAACAGGAUGCCGCGGGUGAACCACCCAAACUAGUCGAAGGUAAAAACUCGUUUGCAAACGUAAAAUUAAUAACAGUCAAUGACUGUCACGAGCUUGUCUUGAAUAUAUAAGAAGACAACGGUGUAGCUUCUCGCUGGGCUCCCGUGUAGUUCCACAAAUGACGUAGUUGGCAUUGCUUGAAAGUCGAGGCCCUGGUGUCUUAAAAGUCUCAAAACUGAAUCAUGACACAUCUGUCAAACCUCUGGAGCGAUGAGCAAAGUGCACUUCUGAACAUGAUUUCGCCCUCUGAUUCAAAACACAGGAGCUGUUGGUUUCAUUUUGAGUUUAUCCUGAGUGUUACUUGAUAAGAUGAGCGAAUGAAUAACAGGCAGACGCAAAAUCCCAAUUGCUUAUCUACGUGAUAAUUAUUUAAGAACAGCUUUGUUUACAAACGUUUGCAAAUAACGGUGCACAUUGUUUCAUUUAAUGUGUGUGUGUAAUUUAUGGGCAUGCUGCAUACGUCAAGCACAAACUUUAGUGCUUCUCUGUUUCAAGUGACUUAUUUUGAUUUUGCGCUUUGUAAUAGGUUUCUUUCUGCACAUAUUAUAUUACGCCAAUUGAAGUUUAUUUACUGAAAAUUACCAUAUUGCACAGGGCAAACGAAUCCACAUUGGGCUUUCGAAAAUAGCCAUCGUUAGUUUACUCCACGUAAUUUUAACAUGGCAUAUCUAAACUAGAUUCGAAGCUUUCCUGACUGCAGGAAUUACUCUUUGGUUCUUUCGGUAAAGUCUUUGUGCCUUUGUGUGUGUCUCUCUCUCUGCUUGUGUGUCUGUCUGUGUGUCUCCGUGUCUAUGUUUUGUCUCGCUCUCAAAUUUAGCAAUCUUUGGAAGAACGUAAUAAGCCAGGUGGGGUGUUGACUAUUUUGUUGGCCGACUCUCUGUGUUGUAUUGCAUUAUAUUUCCAAGUUUACUAUGUUUGUUCUCUCAUUCAUUUGUACCUGAUGAUGGUUGCUUGUGUUGCAAUCGAAACAUCGUAUUCUAUUAUUAUUUAAAUUAAUUUAUUUCUACGUGACUUUACCGAAAGAACCAAAGAGCAUAUUUAAAGUGUUUGUUUUGGUUGCGGUCAUAUUUGACACACACACACACACCCACCUCAAUGAUCAGGCUAUAGUGCAAUUGGCUCUAGGAGGUCUGGAUGAUCACGUAACCGAGCGGAGGACAACUUAUACAGUCUGUUUUCCGAUAACGCUGCGUGUUCUCAUAACGCCAAUUUGAUAUAACGCGAUGAAUGUAUCAGGGAACACAGUUUUAUAACGCGGAUGCGAAUUGGAUUUAGCGCGAUUGAGUGACCACACCUACUCCGCACGAGUAGGAGUAAGCAGUUUGUCCAGCUGCCUCGGCGUAGCGUCAUCACGCAAGGCGUUGGGAUGCUGCUGGAUACUUCUAGCUGCUACCCACGCGCCUCAGUCUUUGCUCAGCCUGCGUACGCAUCUCACGCGUUAUCGCGGACUGUGCUUUACCGUAUAUUAUAUGUUAUUUAUUUUAACGCAAUUUUCCCAUAAUGCGGUGUUCUUCAGGAACGCAACAACCGCGUUACAGGAGGACAGACUCUACACAAGUUAACAAGCUGGCCUCAACUCUCCCAAGUGCGCUGUUACACAGCACGAUGUCCGUCGUUUCGCUCCACAUCCUGGGAGCUUCUUCAGGAUUGUAACAAUCAAAAGACGUUGCGUGCCAUACGCUGGAAACCCAUUUAUUUCGUUGGGAAGGUACCAGAAUGUUGAGCGAAACGUCGGACGUCGUGUCAAAUAACACGUGGUACGGCCCAAAAACGUACCGGAGAGCUGUACCGCACAACCGCAAACAUCCAGGCAGUAGAAAGACUGCAUGAAGUUGAAGUUAAACAAAUAUGUUAAUAAAUAUUUACCAAGCUGAAUCUGCGCACGGCACUAUUUCGAGAUUAUACUUUGGUUGGCAUUCAAAUUGCAUCGCGUAUAUACUUGUGUAGUGAAUGUACACACGGGACACGGUUGAAAUGUUUCGAAAAAUUUUGAAUUUUUAAAAGUGCCCUAGCCUCCCGAGAAGAAAAUUAAAGUCAAUAUUCAAUAACGUAAUAACGCUCCAUACAUAACGAAGGCACCCAAGUCCACUUUGAGAAACAAUCACGAGCUUUCACCUAGUUAAUGGACUUAUUUUAUAUUCAACUUAAUGCGAGGAUUCGCAUUUGUUGAGGCAAAAUGUGGUCGCAUGCCGCGGCAUAUUCACUGGGAGUUGGAGGGCCCUUGGUUAUAAUAGCAGCGCAGGCGUCGCUUCCACGACGCCUUGUCUCAGGUGGGCUGUGAUGCCCUUGAGCAGAAUUCCUCUCAACUGGGUCUGGCCAGCACUGCGUGGCGCCAUUGCAGGAGAGUCAAUGACCGCAGAUGAAAAUAUGGAAGGAGAGUCUGCUUGUCAAAUUAAAUUUGCAUCGAUCCAUUGGCAGAAUUGCUCGCACUCAAGCCUAACCCAAUAUCCCAUUCUCACGCCGCUGUUAGACCAUCUCACGCCACUCGUAAACUAUACUAAACUAUGUUUUAUUUUUCUAGAAGCGAACAGGCCACAAAUUAUAGCUCGGCGAACACAUGGAAAUGUAUAGCAGCCAAAUCAGAAUUAUAAAUCAGAAUCAGAAAGGGUUUUAUUCGCCAUGAAAGUUUGCACAGACAAGGAAUUUACUAUGGCCGGAAGGUGCAUACAUUCAACAUGUAGGAAUCUUAAAACUUAAAUAAGUGGUAUACAGUCUAACUAUACUAAAAUUACAAAGUCUAACUAAUACUAAGGGGCUAAAGUAUGUAAAAUUGUGAAUAAGUGUACAAUAUAACAUGUAAACUAGCCGUAAUAUACAAUGCUCUAAAUGCACGUUGUUUUUCGAUUUAAAGCUUUUAUGACUGCAGGGAUUCAUCUUCUUGGAUCUUUCGGUAAAGUGUGACUUUACCGAAAGUGUGACUUUACCGAAAGAACCAAGAAGAUGCGCGUUGUUUCUCAAUGUGAAAGGAGGAAAAACCAGAGGGCCCGGAGACACAUCCACACGAUCACGGGGAGAUCGUGAAAAACUCCAAAUAUACAGCAGCAGGCGUCAGGGUCGGGAUCGUACCCACAACCUCCUGAAUACCAGGCGAGGGAGUUAACAUCUCGUGCAAGUUCUGCCUCGUGGUGGUGCAGCUCUCGUAUCCUAACAGCGGAUCCCACGCUGAUACACGUUGCUGCACGCCAUGGAUGAAGUUAGGCCGACAUGAACAGCUGCGCAAAUGUUGUGGACUGAAUUCCAAGCACGUCGGUGCGCCUGAUGAGCAAGCUGCCGGCUUGAAUUCCAGAAAACGUCGCUGGUGCGCGCGUGAAAAGUAACAACCCAUCUGCUGCCCGUGAGUGAGCUCCUGCAAUGUAACCAAUGGUUGGAUUGUACGGCACGUACUGCGCUGCGCCAGCGAGGUGGAGGCUCAUGAUAGUCGGUAAAGGCGCAGCCCUGUAAUCGCCCGCUCACGCCACCGCUGACGGAAGGGCUUCCACUCGACCAGGGGUCGGCAACCCGCGGCUCCAGAGCCGCAUGUGGCUCUUGACGGACUGCUUCGUGACGUUCUUUAUUAAGGACCACCAUCUCGUAUUCACCACACAGUGCAUUGCGGCUCUUGAAUUGUUGAGGUUUCUUUUUACCGAAUUCGAAAAAGAAUUAUCUUGUUAUUUUGGUUGCUGACCCCUGCCCCCAGAGGGAUGUCUAGAAAUCCCCUCUCCAGGGAAUCUUGGCCUACUCUUUCUAGGCUUGGCAGACGUCUUAGAAGAGAUCAAAGUACCCGCACUUUACCCCACCACAAGCGGCCGUGACAAUUGUUUCUGCCAGACCGGGAGAUUUAAAUAGCAGUGACGACCUAUGGGGUGCAUGUCCAGUGUGCUAACCAUCACACCAUGGCAGCGUCUUCCAGACUAAUUAUUAUUUUCAAAACGCGCGAAUACCAGACUAUACAGAUCGACGUGGGACUAGGCAUGUAAUCCUGGACCAUAUGGCUUAUAUACCAAGGGAAGCCACACUUGAGUCUGAAGACUUUUUUCCAGCAGGGUCCUGCAUUGGGAUGUGUUGUCCAACACCAUUUACAUUCUAGGCUCUUAGCUACGUAAAGAAACGAGAGAAUCCGGAGGAACCCCAUGCACAAGGGGGAGAGAAUGUACACAUGAAGGCGACCGAGUCAAGAAUCGAACCCAGGUUCGUCUGCUGUGAGGCACGUGUCUCAUCACCAUAUGCAGUGCCUCUGCCAAAUAAGUCUCGGUGGGGCGCCACAGUGGCGAGAUGUUAACUACCUCGCCUGGUAUACAGGACGUCGUGGGUUCGAUCGCGACCAUGGCGCCUGCUGCUGUAUAUUUGUCGUUUGCGUGUCUCUCUCCUCGUGGUUGCGUGGAUUUUCUCUGGGCCCUCCGGUUUUUUCCCUCCACGUUUCGAAACGUGUGUUUAGAGUAUUUGGCUGCUAUGAAUUUCCACGUGAUGAGCCACUUCGUUGAGCUGUUAUUUUUGAUUGCCAGGUCGCUUUUGAAAAAGAGCUAUAAAGCCUGUUAGAAUAAAAAUAUAAAUUAUGGAUUUGAAGUUUUCGUGACUGCAGGGAUCCAUACUCUUUGGUUCUUUCGGCAAAGUCACGUGGGUAGAUAAAUCAGCAGUUGUCCUGCUGUAUCGGUUCCACCUGAUGGCGGUCGCGUGUGUUGCGAUCGAAACGUCGUGAUUGAAUUUUUAUUUUAUGUUUUAUACCUACUUGACUUUACUGAAAGAACCAAAGAGUUUUAAAAAAAUUGUUUCGUUUUUAGUUUCAUCUGGGUUCUCAAGUGUGGCGGAUCGAUGGUCUCAGUCCAGUCACCAAUGACUGGGACCACAAAAACCCCAUCACGUUACACCGAUAACACAAUCCGGAUAAAACUGGGGGUUAAAACACAUAGGGGAAAUAUCGUGGUACGACCCAAUAUAAAUACAUAUGGAUGUGUAUGCCAUCUGCUCAGUAAUAUUCCGUGGGUACCAUUGGCUGCAAGGGUGAUUUAUGUCAUACCUAAUUUUAGUUUCCAGUACCUUUCUAGCAGAACACAUUGUUCUACUAAACUUUCAAAUUUGCUUAUUUCACAUCUUGCAUAACACAUACUUUUCUGGGUAAGGAACACAGAAAAAUGUGAAACCCCCAUUAUUGCUGAGGAUAUAUAUAUACUCCAGUAACUCGAACCUUGAAUAGUCUGUGAUAAUAUAUAUAUACAGUUAUGAAAGAGAGUUCAAUACAUUUAAUGUGUGCAUCAUUAGAUAGUGUCAUUCAUAAUUUUGACAGAGUUGUCAUUAAAUUAUUGGUUAUCCAUAACGCUUCGUGAAGCCCAUUAUGGAUUUGCUUGUUCUGACACAAAGGCGUUGUGUUGCCUUAGAUCAUUGUGGGUAAAGCAAAUUUCAGCAGAACUUCGCAUUUAAAUACCAAAUCUGUUGUUUUCCAUCAGCCUAUUGGCUUUCUAGACCACGGUUAUCAAGCAGCACGUGUUUUAGCGAGCACAUCUGGACUGGGUUACUGGGCCGAAACCAGAGCAAGUACUUUAUUUACUAUUAGUGAUUUGCGUACCUUUACUGUAUUUUGCACUCCAAUCGUGUGUUGUAUUGUUCACUGUUGUAACCAGCUGACCCGCCCCUACUGGCAGCUGUGUGAGAAAAGAGCUUCACAGCUCAUCGGAUUCUUCCGGUCUAAAGAAAGAUUCUGUUUAUGUCAGACCUGUUCAACAAAUACCGCUGGAUUACCAGAUGGUAUUGGGAAGAGAACUCUCUGUAAACUUCGGGACCCCGUCCAACCCAGAGGGUCCAUUGAGUUCUGCUUCGACUCGCUUUUGUCAUGCCAUGGAGCUGCUUGGUGACACAGCCGAGGGUGGAAUGUUAGAGAGGUUAAAGGUCACCUAGACGCAAACCCCAGUGACUUGGUGUGUGUCCAUCCGUCAGGUGCCUGUUUUAAAAUGAGUACAUUGGUUGUAAUAAAAUAUAUUUGGCCGUGUCUCCCGUGGUCUGCUUAAACCCAAGGACGACAAUGCUGUAUCCCUCACUCACAUUGUAUAUACAUAUACUGUGAUCCAUUUAUAGACUGCCCCUUAAUGAAAACAAGUCUUGUGUGUAAAUUACAAAGAGGGUCAUGAGAAAUCAAGUGGUGCAUCUAUAAAUGUAUCCGUGUAUAUAUUUCGAAUUCUCCAUAAUACAGGGGGUUUUUUGGGGUUAGAUCGUGUAAAUAUAUAAAUGUGUCGUUAAACCCGCCACCACCCGACACAGCCAAUUAGUGAAGGUUUGUCACGUAAACAGAACGUGGCCAAUUCGUUCCUAGUACAGCACACCGGUAUGUUGGAGAGGGCCAAGCCACAACAUUUACAAUCUGAGUACGAUGUUUCACUAGUAAUUACAACUAGCUUCAGGCGAUAGCCAGAUUUGUUUACUUGACAAACCUUGCUAGUGGGCUGUGUCGGGUGGUGGCGGGUUUAACAACACAUUGAUAUAUUUACGCAAUCUCAUCCCAAAAAAACCUGCUAUGAAUAAUAUUGGCCGCGGAAGCCUGCCACGUGCUAGACAUUUAGAACUCUGUUUACAGUAUAGUGCUUAGGUUUAAUAUGAAUUCAUAUUGAAUCAGGUGCUGUGUUGUAUACCUCAUGGAAUGGUUAUUUUAUGUACUGGUAGUACGUUUGCUAGACUGACACCCUGAUUAACUUCAGUGAAAUAAAACUCAAUCCUAUCGUCACCCUUGGUCCUUUGACCAAAAUCCAAAGUCUGGCCUUUCGAAUUCCAUUCGAUGACCUGCUGAGAAAGAAAGCACAAAUCUCAUGAUACCUUGAUCGAAUGUUGCUUUCAUGGACAGAAAAAAAAGUGUAUCGCAUUUAAAAAUGCAAUAUGCUUUAUACAAAACAUGUAACAUAAACACGUGGAACUGUUGUUGUGCCGUUAUUUGUUGUGUCUCACACAAUACAACCAAAUGUAUUUCCAGAGAGAGAGACGUUGGUUUCCAUUGCCCUCUGUCUUCUCCCUCUCGUGCCCUCGUAUGCGAUGCUUGCGUUGAGCUCGUUGUGACGAUGUUUGCGUUCAGUUCGCUUCAUGCAGCUUAUGUAGAAACUUGUCAGUGGCGUUCAGAAUAAAUUUGAGAAAAUACAAGUACCUAACGUUUGUGUGGAUGAAAACCAGCAUUUCCUCUGCUCUGAUUACAUUCCCGAUUUUAAAAAGAAAACGCUGCCAUGUUCUUAAUACUGUGUAUACUUAACCUUAAACGUACAUGGGGGUUUUGUCCGUCUCAGUGAGCCGUGUUUGUUUUUGGGAGAGACCACACCAUUGGUGGUAGCUUUUUAAAAAAGAAAUUGUUAUUAAACCUCCUCCACCUGACAAGUUUGUGACGAGUUCACGACCCCAUGAAGCUCAAAGCAGUUGGGAGUGAAAAGUCGAACGUUGAUUUUAAAUUCCGCUCCUCCUUAGCGCAAUCAUCUUGGCGCAACCACCCCAAUGUGAAAAUCACAAUUCAGCCAUACGAAGAAGGCGGUGAUCAUUCAAGUCGUGAACAUCCUUCAGCCAGCGGUAAGGAGGAGGAGCCGCAUCGCUCAGAAUCUGAUCCAUACAUUGGCCGCAUAUAAACAACAUCUUUGGCAAUGUGACAGUCUUGUCGGCCGGUGGAGGGUAUCAUGGCAAGAGAUGUUGGCAUGAAAUCACCACGGUGACCUUCGCCGCAACCGGGCGAUGUUGCGCACUUUCGGUCUCGUCCAGUAAACGUUUGAGAAUGUAGUUCAAGGCCGCGCAGUGUGGUGGAGUACAGCGUCCGUCCGUCUGAUCGUUGGGAAUCUCUGCGUCGCUGUUUGCACAUCGCACUCUCUGCGGUGCGGACACUGGUUACUGCGUUAGGAACUAACAUAUUAACAUUUUAACAACUCGAAAAAAUGUCUUUCUCGUAACAGGUACGGCGUAUUUGUUUUAGCGAUAGAUGGCUUUACUGGCUGUUGUGUUCUGGUUUUGGUUAUUAAAACAAUAAACUAACUUUCGAAUGUUUGUAAUUUUUCAACAAAAAAAAUGAAGGCCACGGGAGCUAAGCACUUUUGAAUCUUGGUUGAAAAGUAAUUUAUUUCAAACUGCUUUUGUUUAGUUUGUUGUCCUCACACACCUCCAAUAAGCACGGUUGGCUGUUUA